AUGGAUAUGGACUCUCUUAUAAAGAGCGUGUGCACUGUUGUCCAAGCCCUUGAGAGUCUUACUGGAAUAACCCUUAAUGCUUUCAUUAUCGGUGUCAUUUCUCUUGGUUUUCGUAAGGGACGAGACGUCGGUAACAUCGAUAAAAUCCUUUUUGCUCUCAGCCUCUCCAGCGCAGCCUACGCCUUCACGUUUCUUGCCUUCUUAUUUCUCACAAGUUAUAAUUCCACUGGCGGUACAAUAUUUCUCGGUUAUUUUGUCACCUUCAGCGUCACGUCCUGCUCCUGGCUCACCGCCUGCCUCUGCGUCUUCUACUUUAUUAAAAUCAUACAGUUCACUUCAGGCUUUCUCUCCUGGGUUAAACGGAAGAUUAAUGCUAUCGUCCCCUGGAUGAUAAUGGUGGCAGAAGGGGUGUCACUGAGUUGCGUCUUGGUCCAUAAGGAAUUUCAAGGCCAGCUGUCCUUCAUGAACUCAUCAGCGCAGCUCUCGGCAGCAUCGGGAACGAGCUCCACCAGCCUGAUGUUCUUGGUUACUAACUGUUUAGCCUUUCUAAUUGUGACGGUCACCACACUGUGCACCGUGGGCUACCUCCGGCUACACAUUCACCGAAUUAAGAAGGGGACGUCCGGCAGCCCACAAUCUCAUCAAAAUGCAGCAAAGACAAUGAUAAGACUGUUCAUUUUAUACUUAAUAUUUUACUUUGUGUUUAUGACUUUUUACUUUCAAGUCGCCCCCCCAAACUCCUGGUGGUUUCAGGUGAAUGUAAUGCUGGGGAUAUCAUUUAGUUCGGUACAAUCGGUCCUUCUGAUUACGGCCAGCUCGAGGCUGAGUACGGCGUGGCUGCAGCUGCACCGGGCUCUGAGAUGCCUUAAAACUUUAUGAAAUAUGUUGGCUUUUUAUAAAUGUACGAGAAUAUACACAAUGCUAAACGCCGG